ACGUUCAUACGACCUUUAAAAUUUUUUUAUGUCACAACGAUAUUGAUCUAUUUUGACUAUAAAAUUUAUCAUUCUUCAUAUCGACAUGAAAUUGUCAUUUCAAUUGUUGUUACCAUUCCUUUGGAUAUCCUUGUCUUCACAAGAAUUAUUGUACAAAUGGAGAUAUAUAGAUUUUGAUUGGUAUUGUGAGAGUCAAAAGAAUGAAUACAUCAAAAAAGGAUUAUAUAUAAAAAAUGCUUCAGUACCUAUCGACACAUUGAUUACAAAUCGCCGAAUAUUUAUAACCAUACCACGUUCGAAAGGAGUACCUGCCAGUUUAGGAACUCUUAAUACACAGAAACAAAAUGGUGGAGGUCCUUUAGUUCGACCAUAUCCAAGUUGGGAAUGGGCACGUAAUAUACAAGAUUGUUAUAACACUAUCAUCAGUGUUUAUAGAAUAGAUUUGGACGAUUGCGGUAGAUUAUGGGUUUUGGACAAUGGAAAGAUUGGAGAAGAAAACAAGUGUCCACCUAAGAUUUUAGCGUUUGAUUUAAAAACUGAUAGGUUGAUGGUACGGAAAGAGAUUCCCAAUAAAUAUGCUUUUAAUAGCAAUGGUAAUGGAAAUUUAGUAACACCUUUGGUGAAAACUUCAGGAAAACAAUGUGAGAAGAUAACGAUGUACAUGGCGGAUGUAGAGGGCUAUGCAUUAGUAACAUGGAGAGGAGGCAAUAAUUUUCAAAGAUUCGAUUCACCAGAAUUCGCGGCUAAUAAAGCCCUGUCAAAUUUUACAUUAAACAAUGAUACUUUUUAUCUAGCCGAUGGUCUCAUCGGUCUGGCAUUGUAUGAAAACGAAAAUAAAAAGAAUAGUAAAUUAUACUGUAGUUCAUUGGCUUCUUAUAAUAUGUACCAUAUACCAGUGAAUUCAUUGGAACAAAGUACUGAUGGAAAAGUUGAUAUACAGCAAGAUAAGGGUGACGUUAAUUUUCGUAAAGUACCAUUGGCUAUAAAAGGAAAUACAAUAUUUUUUUGUACUUUAGAAGAUAAUGCUUUGAGAAUGUGGGAUAUAAACACAAAAUUCACCAAAAAGAAUGUGAAAAUAAUAAAGAAGGACAAUAAGUUAUUACAAUUUGUUAGCGGCUUGAAAAUUUUAAAGAAUCCUAAUAAUACUUCGGAAUGUACGACCAUCUAUGGACUGUCGAAUAAAUAUCAAAAAGUAGCAAGUGGUACACUAUCUUUGAAUGAAAUCAAUUAUCAGAUUUUCAAAUAUAAAUUGAAAUAAGACGAGAUAUUAAUCGAAUUUCACAAUCAGGAUUAUUUUAACCCGCAAUUCCGUGGAUUUUAUUAUAAAUAUCUAUAUACGAUAGCACUUUUAAAUAUUGUACAAUAGAAGUUUUAAAUAU